GUGGAGGGGGGGGGGGAUGUGGCCUGGCUCAGCUCCGCCCGCCGCCGGGCUGGUACUGGGCCGACCGCACCCUCCACCCCCUCCUAGCUCAGGUAUCAGGUGAAACUGGUCGGGCGUGCGGGACAGGCGGUGGUGUCCGGAGCGCGGCGGGAGGAUGGCUGGGCGCCGCGGGCUGUGCCUGCUGCUGCUGCUGCUGCUCUGUGCGCUGCUGAGAGCCGCCGCUCCCGCAGAGAGUAGUGGAAGCAGCAGUUCAAAAGGAAGAAGUUUUGCUGGCCAGAAAGUUCCAAAUACAAAUAAUGCCACUGAAGAAUUAUACAAAGUGGAUGAAUUUGCGGCAAAAGCCCUCACAGGAAAGCUGACUACAGUUUUUCUUCCCAUUGUCUAUACCAUUGUCUUUAUCAUUGGUUUGCCAAGCAAUGCCUUGGCCCUCUGGGUCUUUUUUUUCCGAACAAAGAAGAAACAUCCAGCUGUGAUUUAUAUGGUUAACUUGGCAUUGGCAGACCUUCUUUUUGUUGUCUGGUUCCCACUGAAGAUUGCUUACCAUGUAAAUGGCAAUAAUUGGCUAUUCGGUGAAGGUCUCUGCAAAGUACUUGUUGGAUUUUUCUAUGGAAAUAUGUACUGUUCCAUUCUCUUUAUGACAUGUCUCAGUGUGCAACGAUAUUGGGUUGUAGUGAACCCCAUAGUGAAUUCAAGAAAGAAAUCUGAAAUUGCCUUGGGCAUCUCCCUUGCUAUCUGGAUACUGAUUGUGUUGGGCACCAUUCCAUUGUAUCUUGUUAAUCAGACAACAUACAUCUCAAAUCUUAACAUUACUACCUGCUAUGAUGUAUUGCCUGAAAAUGUUUUGGCUCGUGACAUGUUCAAUUAUUUCCUCUCACUUGCAAUUGGACUCUUCUUAAUUCCAGCUCUCCUCACUGCUGUUGCUUACAUACUAAUGAUUAAGACUCUGAAUGCUUCCAUCUCAGAUGUAAGCACUGGGAAGAAACGAAAAAGAGCAAUCAAACUCAUUAUCGUUGUCCUGUCUAUGUAUCUCAUCUGUUUUACACCUAGCAACGUGCUGCUUGUUGUGCAUUAUUUGCUCCUCAAAACCUACAGCCAGAGCUAUCUGUAUGUGUCGUACAUAGUUGCACUGUGUCUUUCUACUUUGAACAGUUGUAUCGAUCCAUUCAUCUAUUACUAUAUUUCAAAAGACUUCAGAGACAACCUUAAAAAUGCUCUUCUUUGCCGAAGUGUGCGAACUACACGGAGGAUGCAAGUGUCUCUCUCAUCGGGCAGGUAUCCCAAGAAAUCAAAUUCAUAUUCUUCAAACUCAAAUGGGACCACUAAAUCAACCUACUGAGUUGAAUCCUAGAAAAGUGAACUUUUAUAACUACUGCUGAAGGGGAUAUAAGUUAGUUACUUUAUACAAGGGAGUCGGAAGAAACAGCUAUGCUUUUAAAUUACAUUGAAGUCUGGAUUUCAGAACUGGCAGCUGCUUACCCUAUGUAGAAAUUGUAAGCAGAUAAAUCUUCCCACUAGACUGGAAAAAAAUUAUGACAUUUCUGAUGCUCUGCAAAAAUGCUGCUGACUUGGAAGUGAGUCAUGGUUGAAGACAUUUUUGUUCAAUAUUAAAGUUGUUAAAAAGCAAACUGUCACUGUAAUGUUAUGUAGUAUUGCUAGUAUAUUUAAUUAACAGAGAAAUCUGUUUUGUUUGGCUUUAACUGUAAUGUAUUAAAGAGUUGAACAGAUUGUGUAUGUAGGACCUUGCUCUGUGUACCUGCUUAUGCUGAACAUUAUUUGAAACCAUAGAGAGAAGGAAAGGACAAUCCAUUUCACCAUCUUGGUGUGGGUCCAGCAAUGUGACUGCUUAUUAUCUUUAGUAUAAUGUAGUUUUAUAUUGUUUUCCAAGUUUUCAUGUUGUAAAUGCUCACAUGGCAGAAGCCUGUAAGGUUAUCCUAUUGAGUUGACAAGCUGAACUUGUUAUCAGCCAGCACUGAGAUAAAAUGUUAGUUAACAUUAUACAUUGUUACUUAAUGCUUGCGUGUACAUGAUUUUAAAUGGGGCUAUUUAACAAAGUUUUAAUGAAUAGCUAUUUGAUUUUUAUGUAAUAUGCCUUGUAUUUUUUAAGAUACCUAAAUAAGAUUUUUUUUUAAUAACAAAUUUGAGUUGGUGCUUUCUUUUAUGCUUUUAAAUGGUCUUCAAAAUGCUGAGUAUUUCAACUUACCUGGUUUCAGGUAACAAAGAUAUUAUUCCUAAUAGUGAAUUAGAAGUCUGACAACUGUAGCUGUAAUGUCUAUAUGUGUUAAGUAAAAUUUACCUAAUGAUGCAUUUCAUUAUAGCAAAACUGUUCCCUUAUCUUAUUAGCAGACAAAUAAAACCAGACAGUUUAGAACUGCGUGGGGAAUACUGAAAUAUAAACAAACACAUUAACAAGAUAGCAAACUUCAGCCCCAGUGGAUUUCUAAAAUAUCUUAAAUCCUUUUCCCUCAUACAGAAUGUUUGUGACAACUCAGGAGCAUGGAAUCACAUGUACUUUUUGUCUGAAAAGCUGAUGGGUAUAUAUGUUUGGUCAAAUGCAUUUUUUCAAAUCUUGCAGUCCUGGUAAGUUUGACCAAGUGGUACAUUGAACUCGCAUCCAAGUGAUCUGUCUGAGACUUAGGCAUAGCCAGGUCCCAGCAAACAUAAGCAAAUUGAAAAGCCCUCAGUGCAAAAAGUACUCUGAGACAGAUGGUGUUUAUAAAGGAAAUAUUUCCUGUUUCAAAUAUGGAGAGUAAGGAAGGGGGUAGACUGAACUGUAGCAAGAAUUUGAGCAAUCUUGUACAGCUUAAAGGCCAUAAGUAUUUAUAUAAUAAAUUACUUUUUCU